AUGAAGAGGACCACGAGCAGGAGCGGCGCGUCGCCCGCCGCCGGCCUGUGGCUCCGGCCGGGCCGGCUCGGUGAGGUUCUCGCCGUCGCGACUCUGCUGGCCUCGGCGUUGCUGCCGUCGGCGGCGGCUGCGACCGACGCGCCGCCGCCGGCGUCGUCGCCGCGGCACGACUACGAGGACGCGCUGCGCAAGAGCCUGCUCUACUUCGAGGCGCAGCGGUCGGGGCGGCUGCCGCACGGCCAGCGCGUCACCUGGCGCGACCACUCGGGCCUCACCGACGGCCUCGAGCAAGGGGUGGACCUGGUGGGCGGGUACUACGACGCCGGCGACCACGUCAAGUUCGGCUUGCCCAUGGCCUUCACCGUCACCAUGCUCUCCUGGAGCCUGCUGGAGUACGGCGCCGACGUCGCCGACGCCGGCGAGCUCGCCCACGCGCUCGAGUCCAUCAAGUGGGGCACCGACUACUUCAUCAAGGCGCACACCAGGCCCGACGAGCUCUGGGCAGAGGUCGGCGACGGCGACACGGACCACUACUGCUGGCAGCGGCCGGAGGACAUGACGACGUCGCGGCAGGCGUACAAGGUGGACCGCGACCGGCCAGGGUCCGACGUCGCCGGCGAGACCGCGGCCGCCAUGGCCGCCGCGUCCAUGGUGUUCCGGGAGCACAACCCGCACUACGCCAGCCUCCUCCUCCACCACGCGCUGCAGCUGUUCGAGUUCGCCGACAAGUACCGGGGCAAGUACGACAGCAGCAUCGCGGAGGUGAAGAGCUACUACGCCUCCGUCAGCGGCUACCACGACGAGCUCCUCUGGGCCGCGCUCUGGCUCCACCGCGCCACCGGACGCGCCGAGUACCUGGACUACGUCGUCGACAACGCCGACGACUUCGGCGGCACCGGCUGGGCCAUCACCGAGUUCAGCUGGGACGUCAAGUACGCCGGCGUCCAGAUCCUCGCCGCAAGGCUGCUGCUCAGCGGGGAGCACUCGCCGCGGCACAGGGAGACGCUGGAGCAGUACAGGGCGAAGGCGGAGCACUACGUGUGCGCGUGCCUGGGCAGGAACGCCGCGGACGGCAACGUGGAGCGCAGCCCCGGCGGGAUGCUGUACGUGCGGCAGUGGAACAACAUGCAGUACGUGACGAGCGCCGCGUUCCUGCUGUCCGCCUACUCGGGCUACCUCUCCUCGUCGUCGUCGUCGUCGUCCGUGACGUGCGCGGCGGGCGGCGGCUCAUCGGCGGCCGCCAGCGCCGGCGAGGUGUUCGCGCUGGCCCGGGCGCAGGUGGACUACGUGCUGGGCAGCAACCCGCGCGGGAUGAGCUACCUGGUGGGCUACGGCGCCCGGUUCCCCGCCAGGGUGCACCACCGCGCCGCCUCCAUCGUGCCGUACAAGCACAGCAAGGAGUUCAUCGGCUGCGCGCAGGGCUUCGACGACUGGUUCGUCCGCAAGGGCGCCAACCCCAACGUCGUCGUCGGCGCCAUCGUCGGCGGGCCCGACCGCCGGGACCGCUUCAGGGACCACAGGGAGAACUACAUGCAGACCGAGGCGUGCACGUACAACACGGCGCCCAUGGUCGGCAUGUUCGCCAUGCUCAACAGGCUGGCCAGGGACGAGGCGGGUGUAAAUAGAUAG